AUGCACGCACGCACGCACGCACGCACGCACAUGCAUCAACGCGCAUACGUGCAGCAUCGAGGCAAAGGCGUGAGUGUCAAAUGGCCAAGUGAUUUGUCAUGCAAUCGGGAGAAACCAGCCCAGUUGUUGGGCCUGUGCUUAGGCCGGGUCGGGUCGGGUCGAGUCGAGUCGAGUCGAGUCGAGUCGAGUCGUGUGGCGCAAGGUGCUCUGGGCCAGAGGGUAGCGAUUUCAGACAAGCCCGUGCAAGUACAGCUCCACGGCCUGAUCAAUAGGCCCCGGCGAUGGGAGAAAGUUGCGGCCCGUCUGACUGGCCCGCCCAGUUGA